AUGUCUCGUCGCUACGAUUCCAGAACUACAAUCUUCUCCCCAGAGGGACGUCUCUACCAGGUCGAAUAUGCUCUAGAAGCCAUCUCCCAUGCUGGCACGGCCAUCGGUAUUCUCGCCAAGGAUGGCAUCGUCCUCGCCGCCGAGCGCAAGGUUACCUCCAAGCUCCUCGAGCAAGACACAUCCGCGGAGAAGCUUUACAUCCUGAACGACAACAUGAUCUGCGCCGUCGCAGGCAUGACCGCAGACGCCAAUAUCCUCAUCAACUACGCCCGACAAGCCGCCCAGCGAUACCUCCUCACGUACAAUGAAGACAUCCCCUGCGAGCAGCUCGUCCGACGGCUAUGCGAUCUCAAACAAGGCUACACCCAGCAUGGUGGUCUGCGGCCGUUCGGUGUCUCCUUCAUCUACGCCGGCUGGGACCCCCAGCGGCAGUUCCAGCUGUACCUCAGCAACCCCUCAGGCAACUACGGCGGCUGGAAGGCGACGAGUGCCGGCGCGAACAAUGCCAGCGCGCAGAGUCUGCUGAAGCAAGAUUACAAGGAGGAUUGCACUCUGCAGGAGGCGUGUGGCAUGGCUGUCAAGGUUCUCAGCAAGACGAUGGAUUCCACCAAGCUCAGCAGCGAGAAGAUCGAGUUUGCGACCGUUGGACAGACGAAGGAGGGCAAGAUCUACCACCGACUCUGGAGCGCAGACGAGAUCACGGCGUUGCUGAAGGAGCAUGACCUCGCCAAGGACGAGAACACAGAGGAGAAAUAG